AUGUCUUUGAAUAACAUAUUUAAGCAAAAGCAAAUUGAAAGACAAAAGGAAUAAUAAUUGAAUAGGUAAUAAAUAAUUAUAAUCAUAGAGAAUAGAGAGAAAAGAAAUUGGAGGAAAUCAGAAAAAUUAAGUCAGUUUAAUUCAAAGCCAGAUAAGCGAAUAGGGUAGAAAUGUUUGAAGAAAAUAAACUAAACAAAUUAAGGGAAACAUUAAAGGAGGGCAGCUACCCAAUAUUGCCAAUCACAAAGCAUUCGUUCAGAGAUCGCUACAAAGAAAAGGAGUUAGAUGGCAAUAUAAUAUUGAAAAGGUAAAUGCGCAUAGUAUACGAGUUAAUUAUCAGGAAAGGAUAGAGCUAGACAAACAAUGCUAGACUUCAAAUAAGGACAUUUGGCAACUGGAGAAUUUAAUAAGGAUGAACCACACAAGAACCAUUAUAAAUGGCUGAAAGUGGAGGAUCAAAGUAAACAAGGGAAUCCCAUGAGAUUUGGCAAGGGAGAAAGAGUGGAAACUGAAAGAGUGAAAGGAGUGAUCGAUAAUGCGACCUAGAAAGUUGAUUAUGUGGUAAUAUGUUUCAUAUACAGAAAAAAGACUUGAUGAUGUUGAUAAAUCCUACAUGGAGGUAAGAUGAGAGAUCAAAAUGGAUGGAUAACAAUACUUUUAAUAUUUAUAAUAAGAGAAGAUUUGAUCCAUCAUCUUGGGAGCAACAUCCAAUAAUUUACAAAAAUCAAAGCAAUGUGUUUGUUGAAGGGUUCGAAGUCUUAGGAGAUCCUUCUAGAAAGCGAUACAAAGAAUAAGAAGUACUCAUUCAUUUUAAUCAAACAGCACAAAAGGACUGAGUAUAUACCUACAGUGAAAGAGGACUAAAUUGGAACUACUCUCCAUAUAUCAAGAUCCUUAAGAACGUUCAAAGCUGAUUAAUUAAUUAAUGAAUAAACUAAUUUUGAUGAGUACUCUCAGAAUACAAAACUCAAAUAUUAUAAAUCUGCCUUAAUUGAAACCAAAAGUAUUGAUCAUCAAAUACCUUAUCAACAUAGCAAUAAGUAUUUAUAAAUCCAUUAUGUAUAGCUUUAAAUCUCUUGAUUUUAAGAAUCUUCGACCUGAACUCAAAACCAAAAUAUUUCGCAAUUCAUUAACUACUUCCACCAAAGCUUAAACUUAGAAUUGUAAUCAAACUCCAUUAAAAACAACCUAAACCAAAUUUGAAACUGAGCAAGCUACUACUGCAGACUAUAUGCAAUCAAAAUUAUCAAAAAUACACGAGGUUUCUUAGAACUUUAUUGCUUCGGAUCACAAGAUCUCGAUUAAUCAGAAGACUUAAGAGAGUGAAAACUCAAAAUCCAAGACUCAAUUUAAUAAAUAGUAAUCGCUAGAUAAUCUUAUUAAACUCAAGUAUCCAUAUCAUUAGGAGAAUGAUGAAACCACUAAGAAGAUUUUACAUGAAUAUUUUAAAUGGUAAUGA